UCUGCAGAGUUUGAGAGAGAGAGAGAGAGAGAGUAAGUGAGUCUGCUGCAUAUGGGAGAGUGCAUGUGAGCAGCUGCCGCCACCUUACUUUCACUCACACACAAACUUACACACACUCUUGCUCACACACAUCCACAGACACAGAUGAGGCUGAAAGCGGACGAGACAGGCAGCAACCGAGGACAGCUUUAGUAGUGCUAGGGCUAAUGUUAACAUUGUAGCAUUUUGAGCUAGUUGAGCCCCCCCUCUCUCUCCCCCUCGCAUGGGCAUUGCGGACAGGCCUGGGGCCCCGGGACUACCCCCCCUGUUGUCACUCAACAUGCCAAGGAAUGACUGGCUGGCCGAGUGGGGAGACCUCGCUAUGGGCAUUGGACAGCAACGCUGCUGCUUAUCUCUGCACUAAUGAAGGGCUUCAAGCUCGCCUGCACUGCUAGCAAUUCGAACCGGAGCACGCCCACUUGCUCGCCCGUCCUGCGCCAUCGCUCUCGCUCACCCACGCCCCAGCAGAGCCUGGAACCCAGUGGUGAGAACAUGGUGGAGAAGGGCCACUCGGACCCCUCCUCUGACAAGGACAAGUCACCCUCCACCAUAGAGCAGGUGGUGCAGCGCACCUACAGUCAGUCGGUACACUCCACCACACGCAGCCACGGGGGCAAGAACUCCAAGUCUCACAAGCGACUUUCCAAAAAAAGCCAGAGCUGGUACAACGUAUUGAGUCCCACGUAUAAGCAGCGCAAUGAGGACUUCAGAAAACUCUUCAAGCAGCUACCCGACUCAGAACGCCUCAUUGUGGACUACUCCUGUGCCCUGCAAAGAGAUAUCCUGCUGCAGGGGCGCCUCUACGUCUCGGAAAAUUGGAUCUGUUUCUAUAGCAACAUCUUCCGCUGGGAAACGCUGCUGACGGUGCGGCUGAAGGAUAUCUGCAGCAUGACCAAGGAGAAGACGGCCCGCCUCAUUCCCAACGCUAUCCAGCUGUGCACUGACAAUGACAAGCACUUUUUCACCUCGUUCGGAGCGAGGGACCGGACAUACAUGAUGAUGUUCAAGACUAUGGCAGAUGCUCUGCUAGAAAAGUCUCUCUCUCUCUCUCCAGCCCUAGUAUUGUUGGUGUUUCUGAACAUGAUGCUUUUCUAUAAGCUGUGGAUGCUGGAGUACACCACACAGAGCCUGACCUCGUGGCAUGGCCUACGACCACAAGAAAGUAAACUUCCACAGACGCAGCUGGAGUGGGCCCAGCUUCUGGAGUCGCAGCAGCGGUACCAUGACGAUGAGCUGCAGAAGUGGAAGGAGAUCAUCAAGUCGUCGGUGAUGUUGCUGGAUGAGAUGAAGGACUCACUACUAAACCUGCAGAAGGGCAUGGCCUUAAGAGACUAUAACUCUGAAUCGGAGGAGAAGAGGAGUCGAUAUCACUGACAAACCUAACAAUCCUAAGCCACCAGCCAGGACAUUAUGUGCAAUAUCUAAGGAACCAUUUAUGGGAAAGUCUUGGGAAAAGUCUUAGGAAAACAAGAGAAAUAUGUUUUCUUGAACGGGGGGGAACGACGACAGGUCUCCCAGAACGACCGACUCCACUCCCACCGCCCAACGUCUGGCAGAAAGUUACCUCAUCACCACCAGGACAGGAUUGGGGCGGACGCAGUCUGCACCGUUGCAUCAUGGGAAAAGACAGAGGUGCCAUGACCUACAUUGGCCUAAACUCUGACUUUUUUAUCACCUCGUUCUCUGAGAAUGUUGUACUGUAAAGUGUUUUUUGUUUUGUUUUUUUGGGCCACGUACGGACAAAGCAAAGAUAGAAGGGAUGGGUCAGGGAAGCUUGCAUUUCUUGUCUCCGUCGGAUAAAAAAAUAAAGUUUUCGGUGGGGAUGUGUAUUGAAACGUUGGCAUAUUUGUCUCAGAAGAGCAAAAAUAAUACUGGGUCAGGGGUUCCUUGUGUUCCUCCAUAGCCUUUUUAGGAACUCUUGGACAAAGUUUUGGCGCUGCAGUAUCCCUUUUUUUUUUUUUUACAGACCUUUGGACUCUGGGACCAGGUUACGAUCAUAAACGGAACCACAAUCAACGUGCAGUGUUUCAACACAACCCAUCAUUUAUAGGAUAGAACCUCCAGGAAUCAUAGUAUAUUAUAAAUGCAUAUAUAUAUAUACAUAUAUAUAUAUAUAUACGAAUAUGAAUAUAUUAUAAUAACGUAUGUUUUUUUUUUGUAGAAUUGCAGUCAGGGCAAAUUUUUACCAGGCUUCCAUGGUGUAUCAGGGCAGGUUUCCCUGAAAGCUUGUGCCAUGGCGUUGUGUUUGUGUGUUCAUGUUUUCUAAGGCAUGCUCUCUACUGCGUGUAGAGUACCCCUACCCCUUUGAUUUGUAUUCGUGGACAGGGGAGCUAGCCAUUGCUUUUAGCAGCAGUGAGAAUGUAUUGGAUAACUGGCUACGUUGCCAGCUUGUUAGCAUACAAGGAUGAGAAAGCGGUCAGCUUUUGCAGAGGUACACAGUAGGUGUUUCUCAAUAUGCAUACUACCGUGCUCCACACUGUCGUGCUCCGAGUGCAUUCUUAGAAGACGCUCUCUUGAGUACAUUCUUGUGAGGACGAGAGUGUGGAGAACGCAUAAAACAUUAACAUUUGAGAAGCACACCCCUUAUUGUAUUCUCAUGCUGCACUUCCCCAUUCACGGAACUUUCUUCCAGCCAGGACAAUGACAAUAGAGAUGAAACCAGAUAUACACAAAGCAAAUUGUUUUACUUUAUAACUAUCAGCUAGCUACAUGUGAAUUGUAAUUAUCUAGCUCAUCAGAUAGUUUAACAGGCAAAAAAAUUACCUAAAACUAAUGUCAUGCAAAGUAGAUGUAAAUUCUUCAUGGUUAGCUAGCUAACAGUUCUUUGUGACCAUCUGGCUAGCUAACAGUGUAGCUAGCCAGUUAGCCCUAUUGACUUACUACGGGCUUGCGAUCUACAUAUACUACAGUGGGUAUUGUAGGCAGGUAAACAUGCCAAAAUUAACACAGCAUGUAUUUAUUAACGUAUCCAGAUAAAACAUUGUAGUCAAGGCACCAUAUGAGAUGUCAGAGUUUAUUUUCUCCCAUUUCAGCUAAAAUAAUGUCUGCCAUAGAUUUCUAAUAAUUUUGUAUCAUUUUUUUUACAUGGUUGCAUCAUAUUUCUGUGCAUACUUUCCAUUGAAACUUGCAUUGAUUCAUGCUUCAAAAUAUGUACAAACAGAGUACGCAUUCGAGAAGUGCCCUCCGUGCUCUGUUUCGCAUACUUUGAUUUGGACUCACACUCCGACCCUCCUGUGCUUCAAUUUGCGUGCUUGGAGCGUGAUAGUAUGCAUUUUGACAAACGCCCAGUAUUUUCCAGUGAUGCAACGUUCUUCCGGGAACAGGGCUUUCUUGGCCCUAGCCAACCCCAAAUGUUAUAUCAACGUUGUGUGCUUAGGUUUUUAUCCAUACACGUCUUCAACCUUGUCCUUCAGGAUGAUUUGUUUUAGGUUAUGGAUACAUCUAUUCAUUGUUGCCAAGAUUUACGUGUCAAGUUUUAUGCAAACGUAUCUAUUUUAUUUUGGGCAGUAUUGUUAUCUUUUAUUUAGCCGCUUUGUGUUGUAUCAAUUCAUUUGUGGCUGUCCUGUAUUGGCUGGAACAGGAUGUACUUGGGAGUGUACUGUAUAGGCAUUGGUAUGGACCCUAAGUGAUUUUACACAUUCGAUGGAGCUUGAAUGUGUCUCUACCGGCACUUCAAAAAUAAUUUAGGUUGUUUUACCCAGUAUUUGUUAUCAGCCCAAAUACUGUGUCAGACAGAGAGAACAUAAUGAUCAGUGUUAUGAUCAUGUGGAUGUUAUACUAUGUCGCUCUAUGAACCUUCUUCACAUGGCACCUGGUUGUUCAGCUGUUAACCACAGACGGAGUGGACAGUAUUUUAGGGAGGGUAUUUCUUCGGAGAGGGACGUCAUUUUACGAAGGGAUACUGCAGCUGAACCCGAAAAACUUUGAUCACUACGAAAUAUUUGAUGAUUAAAACUGUGAACUUCCUCAUUGAAAAAUAUGCUUGAAGCUGGAAAAAACAAGACUAACGGAAAUUGAACAGUAUUCAGAGGCAGAUAUUUAGGGAUUUAUUUAUGUACAGUGUAUACAGGAAAUGUAAAAGAAACGUUUGGGGAAACAUUCAGUGGUCACCCACUGAAGAACUGGAUUCAAAUACAGUACCAUUUGAAAUCAUUUCAAAUAUUUCAGCUGUGCUUGAUUGAGUUUUCCUGGCUUUUAUGGACCAAUAGAAAAGUCCUAAAACUGCAGACCCCACCCAUUUGACACUCUAUGCAGGCUAAAACAAACUCAAAAGUAUUUGAAAGAUUUCAGAUAGUAUUUGAACUCGGGUCUGACCUACUGUACUCCUCUGUCUUCCCAAAGAUGUCUGUUGUGGGCUAUGUCCUGGCAUAUUGGAUGUGUCAAGUUGACACAGUCAACCAUUCCCACAUCGUUUGUGAUUUUGUUGAUUUAAAAUGCCCAAAUGUAAAAAUGUACAAGAAUGGUAUCAACUGUGGCUAAAACUACAAUUUUAGUAUCUCCCCAUCUGUCUAUGGAAGAAGCAUAGCUAUCAAAAUACAUUUUCAUUUCGAAUUGCAUUUCGACAGCUAAACACUUCCAUAUUUGCUUGCCACCCAUGUAUGUUCAAUUGGUUGGACUCUCAAGGUUUCCUGUGACGACUUUGGAAACAAACAAAGCAUGUGGCUGUUGAUUCAGCCACUAACUGGUAUGUUUGAGGGAUUGGGAUGAAGACAUACACAGUGCACGGUGUGCAGAAGUAACAUUUAGGCCAAAAUAAUGAUGUCUUGAGUUUAUCAACGUUACGCAUUGGGAUACAACGCUUUAGACAUGGGUCAUAUUCACUACGAAGCAAACGGGCGAAAACAGAGAAGGACGUACCUGAAGUUGUCCAAUAAGAAACUAGUUUAACUAGUUUUCCUCUACAAAGCAUUUUGCUAUUGUGUGCGCUAAUGACUAUGACCCUGCACUCAUUGGCUUUGCAGACAGUGGAUCGGCACAACUCACGUACAUUCCAAAAAGAGGAUGGUUUCAUCUGAAAGAAGAAACAACAAUAUAUGCAAUGGAUUGAUACAGUGGGUAGCACUUCAUACAUUAUGAAUGCGAAUCAUUUACAUCAUUGCUGAAUGAUUUUCCCCACUCCCUUGCGCUAUGACAUGGUCAAUGUUGCUGAAAUGGCCAUUUGACCUUGUUCAGGUCAAGUUGUUAAGCCUAAUUUUAAGAGUGAUAAUUGAGACGAGAUCUAUUCAGGGCAGAUUAAAUGGUAUUCUUGAGAAAAAGGGCCCAUGAUGAGAUUACAAUGAUUUAUACUGUACCUUACAUUUUUCAUCAGUCGACAUGACAAUCAUUUCUGUUGACUUGGUGAGAGGAGUAGAAAGCGGUCAACCAACGUGAGAUGAUGUGCAACCAGAAGGUGACCCUUGGAAUAAAGUGGAAUACGCAGCAGGAGGAAACAACGCAACUUGCCGCUCCACCACUCGUUAUUGAUUUUGUUGCCGAGGAGGGUCGCACAACUGUGUGCAAGUACAUAUUGUGCUCUUCUAUCGUGUGUGCAAUGCUGUUGAGGUGGGAAAAAACAGUGUUCGUUGAUUGCAGUAACUUUGUUGUUGUAAUUUCUCAAACGGACGUGGCUGUUUCACCAUUAGGGAUUCAAAGAAAACGCUCGAUUAAUCCGAUGCAAUACAUAUAUUUAAUACAUUAUCUAACAUUUUGAUAGUAAGCUGCCUUCGUUUGAGUUUCUGAAAAACGUAGAGACCCUUUGAUGACCCUUCUAUAGAGAAUGCAUGCUAGAUUCUUGUCUCAUUCGAUUUAAUUCAUGAUCUCAGAUGUGUUCUAUGCAUAGGUGCUUUAUAUAUGCAGGAAUGCCUCAAAUGGCCCUGAAAAUGAAAUUGUUAAAUUGUGUUUUUAAUAGAAUGGUCAGUAAGCAUGUCUGAGUGUCUGAGAAAACAAACAAAAUAUGUUGCACCCAAAAAGUAGUGUUCUUAAAAACCUGAAACUGAAAGAGCUUUCUUUAUUAAUUUGAACGCUCACAAAGCUGCAGCUUGACCUGUUCAUGUUUGCCAAAUGAUAGUAAAUUCUAAGGAAAUUAUGAACAAUAUGCACAAUAUAGGUAGAAAAUAGUGUCUUAAAUUGAGCAUGAGACAUAAAUAGCGAAUUGAAAGGAUGUAUUUUAGAGCUUGUGUUUGUGGUUAAGUUUCCAUGACAAUCCCACGAAGCCUGACCUCCAAUGCUUUCAAACCCUUCACUUCAGUACACACACGAGCGCACGCACACACCUCAGACCGGUGCAAGUUUUCCAUCUCAGAAACACUUGUUGUGGUAUUGUAUAUCCUCUGUGUGUGUGUGUACAAUACCUGAUAUGUUUUUUUUUAAGUGUUUUGAUCUAUAUAUAUAUACAUGACUGAAAUAUUUCUACAGAUAAUACUGUAUGUAUAUGUUGUGUAUAGCUCCGGUGUACACAGACUAGAGAAACCCAUCCACGCUGGGCGUGGUCUUGGGGGGGGGGGGGAACUUUGAAUGGAAAAAACAUUCUAAAAGCUUUAUUGGUUUGUGGAGGAGUAGAGAUGAAAUAAAAUAAUGGAAAGUA